AUGGGGUAAGUAACAAAUGACUGGGUUUCUCGAUUUUCUAGGCUACUAGCUCUGUCAUCUUAAAAUGGUUUUAGAUCCACUGAGUUCAGUGGUGUUUACUCCCAAGACUACAUAGGAUUGCUGCCUAAAGUAACAAAACUAAACUCACUUUUAAAAAGAAAGUUAGCUCUAUUGCGUAAACAUAGAAUUGUGCUUCCAAUGUAACUGUUAAUUUGAAAGCUAAGGGUGGAUUAAAACGGUUAUGGUAUUGACGGCUUAUUUCCAGUACAAACUACUUUCUGGUAGCUCAGUUUAAAAGAAAAGCAAUCAAUUUGCCCUCAACUUGAAUUUGGCUGAAAUUGACCUAUAUGAUUGGGUAAAUAAAACCAGAAGCAAGUUAGAUUAUGUGUCAGUUUCUUGCACGUUUUCUUCUCCUAUCUGCUCAGUGUGAGAAGAAAGGAAUUGCUCUCUUCUUCCAAGUGUUGGGAGGAGAGGACAGAUGACAAAAGGGUUAGUCAACUUGGUGCAACCCAGAUGUUUUGAACAGCUGUUUCUAUCACCCAUGGCCAGUGACCAUUCUGGCGCUAGGGCUGAUGAGAAUUGUACCCCAAGCAUUUGGAAGGCACCAUAUUGGCUACCCCGUCAGUGCAUUUAAUUCAAAUUAUAUCAGGAUGCUACUAUAUUUGCAUGAAACAAAAGACAUAAGCCAUUGCCAGAGCCAGGAGAGGCACGUUCUCUGAAAUGCUUUCAAGGUAACCCUUCUGGUACACCUAUUUUCUCCAAACUAAUACCCUGACUUCCUGUUCUCUUACCUGAAUAAAGGUAAAGGGAUCCCUGACCAUUAGGUCCAGUCGUGGCCGACUCUGGGAUUGCGGUGCUCAUCUCGCUUUAUUGGCCGAGGGAGCCAGCGUACAGCUUCCCGGUCAUGUGGCCAGCAUGACUAAGCCGCUUCUGGCAAACCAGAGCAGCGCACGGAAAUGCCAUUUACCUUCCAGCCGGAGUGGUACCUAUUUAUCUACUUGCACUUUGAUGUGCUUUUGAACUACCUGAAUAUCACUGGCUAAAUGCCUCAGGCUCCUGGCAUACAAGUGAGCAGCAGGUGUUGCCUUCAGUUGCAUGUCAAUCUUUACCUCCUUUUUAUUAAACCAAGAGGAGAUAAGAUCUUCAACCAGUUUACUUCCAGUCUGUCACUUAGCUUCCUCCAACCUGACUCUGAGGCACAAAUAUGUGGUUUUAUUUAUUCAUUUCAUCACUAAGCCUCAACUUUGCUGUAUUGUCUUCAGUGCCUACUAAAGCCUUUUCUUUUGUUUCAGCAAGCCUACCCAGGCUUGUAAUCUUAGCAUUUCAUUUGUUUGUUUUAAAUUAUUGAGUUUAGUCAUACAGUAUUUUACAUUUUUAGGUAGUUUUUUUAUUUUAAAUUGAUAUUAUUAUUUCUGUUGUUGUUCUAAACAGCUUAGAGGGCUUUUUUCUAGUAAGUGGUAUGUACAUUUUAACCCUAACCUGACCCCAUAUAAACUGAUGCUUCACACAGAGGAGCUGGGACUUCUGGACUGACCUUCCUCCCAGAACCUCAUUCAUAGGAGUGGGACCGCAUGGAUCGUGCAGUCCAACCCCUUCAAUGCAGGAAUCUUGCCCAAUGGGGGCUUGAACCCACGACCCUAAGAUUAAGACUCUCAAGGUUCUACCAACUGAGCUAUAAUUCACUGAAGGCUGUUCAUGUGUAUCUCUCUCUUUGUCCAGACUGGCCAUUCCUCCUUUAGCUAAAAUUCUCCUCACAAUCCCUUAUCAAAUAAACCACACCAACAUUUUCUUAUCUUUGUUUGCUUUAGAACUAUUAGCUUGAAUGGCUAAAUUCAAUCCUACAAAUUCUUGUUUGUAAUACAGUCUGCUUUAAAAAAAAUUAAAACUGUAUUGUAGAUUCCCUUUUUAAUCUAAAAUGAGAAAAUAAUCUAAAGCAGUGGUUCCCAAUUGGCUACGUAAUGCAGACCCCUUAUUUUUUCAGAAGCUAAGCCAUGGACCCCCUAUAACGGUAGUUUUCGUUAUGUGAAUGAUGCCAUGGACCCCUGGGUGGAUUACACAGACCACAAAUUGGGAAAACUGACCUAAAGGAUUAAUCUGAGUUGUUCCAUGCUAUUAAUCCUUAAAACAGCCUUUUUCUCUGGACACACGUGACACCGAACUUUAAAAAGACCUGUCAGGAGCAAGCAUAGACCAAUGGUAUUGAAUAGUAUGGGGAACAGCCUUAUUAGAAAAACUAACCAACAAGCUGAAACUGACAAGGGGACAAAUAGAAGAAGACGCCUUUACCCUGAUAUGGUUACCCAACAAGACAACAAGAAGAACCCACCAACAGCAUUCGAAUCAAUCUGGCUAACCUGAUCCAAAAACACCCACCCAACCCAAUCACACAUGGGGAAAAAGUUCACCACAUCCAAUCACAAACAAACAACCACACUCUAGGCCAACCCCAACCUCUCUCACCACCAAAGAAACACCAAAUACAGUGGACGCUCAGGUUGCGAACGUGAUCCAUGCGGGAGGCACAUUCGCAACCCGCAGCGCCGUGUCUGCGCACAUGCGGGUUGUGAUUCGACACUUCUGCGCAUGCGCAAAGUGCGAUUUAGUGCUUCUGUGCAUGCGUGACCUCCGAAACCCAGAAAUAACCCGUUCCAGUACUUCCAGGUUUCGGCAGGUCAGUAACCCGAAAAAACGCCACCUGAAGCGUCUGUAACCCAAGGUAUGACUGUAAGUGAAUAGUAAAGAGAACCUGCACAAACGACGCUGACACAAAACCCCACACAUACACUUAAGUAGAAUAGAACCGUUGCCACCCAACCCCAUCCCCACUCACCAUGCCCCCCUCCACCUCUUUCCCCCUUUCUUCCUAAUGUAACACUAACGUCUCGACAAAUGAAACUGAUCUGUAGAAAAUGUAACUUGAAAAAAGAGACAUUGCACAUACUUUUGUAAACCAAGAAAUCUUUAAUAAAAAUAUGCUGUCGUUUAAAAAAAACUUUAAAAAGACCCUCAGUAUGUGGGAAAGGUGAUUUAUUACAUGUGUAACAGCUACAUAUGAUAGCUUUCAGGUCAGACUUGAACCAGCUGCAUCGUGAAACUUCGCAGUUCUCCCAUUUGAAGUACUGCAUGCAUAUGUGGCAAAGAAACGAAAUCUAGUCAGUUCUGAAAGAACUUCCAUGACAAAUGAGGAUAUGCUUGGAUCUGUGGUUUUUUCAGCAUAUAAAUGUGACUGUCUUUUUUCUCUUCCCUCAUGGUCUGUAGUGAAAUUUCCAAGGAAUCUUUAAAACGGAUCCUGUUGGAACUUGAAUGCCAUUUUACUUGGAGGUUGCUGAAAGAAGAUAUUGAUCUUGAUGAAUUAGAGGAAAGAAUGGCUGAACAGAUCAAGUUUUUACCGUCCAAAGUCAGAAAUUAUAACCUGCUGGCCUAUGUGAAGUACUUGAAUGGCAAGGAGGAAGAGGCUCUGGAAAAUCUGCAGAAGGCUGAAGAGAGUAUAAAAACAGAGUACUCAGAAGAAGUUGAAAAGGCAAGCCUUAUUACAUGGGGCAACUUUGCCUGGGUGUAUUACCGCAUGGACAAACUUGCAGAAGUACAAAGCUACAUAAAGAAGGUGGAAACAACCUGCAAGGAACAUGGAAGUGCCUCUCCCUAUAGAAUGAAAAUCCCACAUAUCGAUGGUGAAAAGGGAUGGGCACUCCUAAAAUUUGGGGGAAAGUAUCAUGAAAAAGCCAAGGAGAGCUUUUUAAAGGCACUAGGAAAAGAACCUGAAAACCCAGAAUAUAAUGCUGGCUAUGCAAUCACAGUAUAUCGCCUGGAAGAUUAUUAUGGGAAAAAAUCUGCAGCAGAAGGGUCAUCUCUGGAACCCUUGAAGAAGGCAGCAAAACUGAAUCCCAAUAAUUCCUUUCUCCUACCUAUCCUUGCAUUGAAGCUGCAGGAAACUAAUAAAGUGGAAGAAGGAAAAGAGCUCAUUGAAGAAGCGCUAGGCAAAUUCCCUGGCAUCCCUUAUGUGCUGAGGUACGCUGCCAUAUUUUACAGGAAAAAGGGUGAUGUGGAAAGAUCCCUGGAGCUUUUGAAGGAGGCGUUGAGCUUGACACCAAACUCAGGCUUCCUACAUCACCAGAUGGGGCUUUGCUACAGAGCACAGUAUUUUAAAAUCAAAUUAUCAGAAGACCCACAUAAAGACAAAAGAAAGAUGGCAGAACUGAUCAGACUGUGCAUCUUUCAUUUCAAAGAAGUGGUGGAGCACAAAACCAAAUUCGUCUAUGCUCACUUGGAUCUUGCAAACAUGUAUGCAGAAGGGAAAGAGCUCCAGAAAGCGGAAGAGACGUUUCAGGAAGUGUUUGCAAUGAGGAAACUUACUUGUGAAGAGAAACAGCAGCUCCACUUCAAUUAUGGGCGCUUUCUGGUAUACCACAAGAAAUCAGAAUUGGAGGCUGUUGAACAUUAUCUGGCCGGGCUGAAGAUUGAAAAUGAAUCAUUUGAGAGAAAUAAAUGCAAAUAUAACCUGAAGAAAUUAAUAGAAAGAAGAACCAAGAUAGAUCCGGCAGAUGCUAAGAGUUUUGGCAUCCGUGGAUUCAUUCACCAGCUUGAUGGAGAAAAGCAGCAGGCAAUUGAGUGCUAUGAACGAGCCUUGAAAUUGGAUCCUGAUAAUGAAGAAUAUUUCAGUGCUCUUUUGGACUUAAGACUUUCCUUACAAAACUAA